GAGGCAAGCAACAAGUUCGGCUUUAUUCAUUUUUUUUAAUCGCUCGGCUUAACAACACACUUGCUUGCUUGUUUUUUGUUUAGAUUUUUUUUUACCGAUUUCUUUUUUAAGAAAACAUAAAUUUAAAAAAAUAAGAAAGAGAAUGAAGAGUGGGAUUUUUUGAAAUUAAAUAAAAAUUGUACUCAUCGAUUGUAUUCUGUGGAGAUUUUUUGUGUGUUUCCAGUUUUGUUAUUUUUGUGCUUCCGCUGCGUGCGUAGAAUUUGUGAAAAGAGAAAGUUCUGGCAGAAAGGUGCGGCUGCCUCUUUCUACCUGGCCGCCCGCCGUCUCUUUCUCUUUCUCGUAAACGACAGUCGUGGCCAAAAACGGGAACACUCUGCGCCUGCGCAGCCACUAAUUUCACAAGCAAUUGAGGUCACUUGGCAUCGGUGUCUCUGUACCUAAUUCGAGAGAAUGGGCACUAAACAGACCGCCUCCCCCUCCGCCGGGCAGGGAGCCGUGAAGUACCAGAUCCCCUCCCGGGGCAGCUCCCCCUCCAAACUGAAGCAGCAGCCGAGUCCGAAGCCCAGGAACGGAAAGAACACGAACGUGAAUGUCCUGCCGCCCCAGAAGUCCGUGUGGAUCGCCUACCUGUGCUGGCUCUUCGGCGGCGUCUUCGGGCUGCAUCACCUGUACUUGCACCGCGACCGCCACGCCUUCGUCUGGUGGUGCACGCUGGGCGGGUAUGCGGGCGUGGGCUGGCUGGGCGAGAUCUUCCUCAUACCGGAGUACGUGCGGGACGCCAACGAGGAUCCGCGCUUCGUCAAGGAGUUCGUGGCCAAGCUGCAGGCGUAUCCGAAGCCGCCGUAUGCCUCCCGGAGGUUCGUCGGCCAGGUGAUGGUCGGGCAUCUGUUCGGACAGUUGUGCUCGAUCGCCAUUCCCCAGAUCCUGGUCGGUGGCUGGGAUCUCAGCUUCCUGCACUGGGCCAUACCGCUGGGCGUAUCCCUGGGCGUCUGGCUGGUGGGGAACAUCGGGCGGGAGCAGGGCGUCUGGUGGCACUGCCUCCUGGCCGCCUACUUGGCCUACCCGGCCCGGUUCCUCAUCUACGACGAGACCUACUCCCUGCUCCUCACAGCUCUGGUCUCCGCCCUGACCUUCGACGGCUUCUCCAAGCAGUGGCGAAGGACUCCGCCCACUCGGGGCACUGCCGGAUCGAGGACCCUGAAGAUCUCCGCCGCCGUGCUGAUCUACUGCGCCUUCUGGGCCAGCUUCCUGUACUUCAAUGGCACCAUUUCGGACGAGGAUGGCGGCGAGGUGCCCAUCCACGAGGCCCUCCACAACUUCCUGGCCUCCGCCUGGUGGACCGACCUCAAGCAGGCCCUCCACGACACCUACCUCUACGGCCAGCACCACGGCUGGUACGAGACCUGGAAGGAGGUAUUCGAGAGCAUGGACGUGGACGGCGAGCGGAACUCGUACAAGGUGCUGGGCGUGAGUGCGACGGCCUCCCAGGCGGAGAUCACCGCCGCCUACAGGCGCCUCUCCAAGGAGUACCAUCCCGACAAGGUCAAGGACGAGGCGCUCCGGGCGCAGGCCCACCAGCGCUUCAUCGAGAUCCAGCAGGCCUACAGCGUCCUCAGCAAGAUCAAGUCCAGUCGCCGGCGCAAGAACAAACAGUACCAGGACGACAGCGACGCCAUUGUCCUCUGAGCAGGACCUGGACGGAGAAGGACUCUCCGCUAGUCUAAGUUAUUUUUACAAUUGUUUAAAAGUUAGUCUAAAAAAUAUUGUCUGAAAUCUCUUUGUUUUUUUUAAACUUAAUCUUAAAU